CCUCCAACAAAGUAUGAGCCAGCUCCUGCAUCUCUUAAAAACUUCCCAUCCUCAAUAGUCAACGGUGUAACGGCAGAGGGCGGUUUGCUUUCUUUGACUUUCAAGUCUACCAACAGUGCUGAAUAUGUUGAGAAAUCCGACCUCAUUAGACGAGCACUUAUCAGAAAGAAUGAUGAUUUGGAGUUAUCCAGAAUUAAUGACAACAAGUUUGAUGCCGCCAAAGUAUUGAACGACUUACAGAGGGAAGUUACCGAAUUGAAAAACGCCCACGCCCAAGGUAUUGAUGAAGGAAAUGAUGUCGACGAACUUCAGUUCAAACUUCAACAAAUAUUAGAGAGCAAAGGCUCUAUUAAAGAGAUUGGUGAGGAGUUACAGAAGAAUUAUGCCGAAACUAAUCCCUCCAAGUUGAUCACAUUCAGUAAUGAAGAAUAUUCAAUUCCUGACAUUGCGGAUAGACCUCAAGUCAAGCCUGAAGUGUUUGAAGAUGUGCAGAAUCCAGAUUACACUCCAUACGAAAAGAUC